CAGAAAACAAGCACGGAAUGAUUUCAUUCGUUUGUUAGCGAUAUUUUUUACAACAUUUUUACAAAAUCAAAGACGAAUAUUGUGUUGGAUUACAGACAGUUCGGUCGAAAUGGCUCUUAAAAGUUUAGUGUUUGUGGUCUUGUGUGUGACGGUAAAUAACAAUGUUGUGAACGCAAUAACAAGGGCGAAUCCGACAAGUGCAGCCCUUACGGUGAAUAAUGAAAUAUCCCCGGUUACUAUACAACCGAAUAAAGACCUUAAAAGUGGUGAAUCGAGAUUAUUUAACGAUCCAUUACCAGAGUAUUACAAAGGACCAAUGAGUAGUGCUGAAUUGGAUAGAGAUAGGAACCGAGACAGGUAUGGAUUAAAUCGACCUGAUCCCGUUGAACAUCGUGACGGUGGUGGAUUUGUAACUACAUAUGGAUCGGCAACGUAUGGAAAUAAUCGAUAUACGCCAGCAACAGGAUACGGGAACAGAGAUAGAAUUAGCGUUGGACACUACGGCAAUAGCGGCAGCAAUUACUAUAGUGGAUCAAGCGGAUAUGGCUACGAUAAUCCAAGGGGAUCGUACGGACCGCCACAAGUUGUAGAUUAUCCACGUUAUGGCUAUGGCAGUGGGUACGGCAGUGGAUACGAUAUUCAUGAAAACGCAAAUGGAUUAGAUUGGGGUACAAGCGGUGGAUACGGCGACGGAGUGUACGGAGUUGGAGGAUACGAUGGCAUUAAUAUCGGCGGAAAGCAUAUAUCCAAAGCACAUUUGAUGCCAUUGGCUGGAGCUGCACUGCUAGGAAUUGCAGCGAUUUUAGUCGCCAAUCCGAUGUUAUUACAACUCGGUGUUGUAUCCGGUAAGCGGAAGAGACGUGAUGUUAACGAUGAGAAGAAAAAUUAUUCGCAGCAAUUAGCCUACAGUGGACAUGAUAGACGAUGAAGGAAUGAUUUGCUAGUUUGACGGGAAUGUAACCGCAGUCAAUAUUUAUUUAGUAAUAAAAACAGAAACAGAA